UUCGGUCACGUGGUGCUCUAUAAGAGUCCUGCGCUCACAGUGGGGGUGCAUUCGCGGCCGCGAUCCCCAACGAGCGUGGACGAUGCUGACGAGCGCGAGCGUGUGCGCGCUUCAUCCGCGGCGCUCAGUCCCGCUGUUCAUCUUCUGAGCAACUUUUUCCGUUCGGAUGCCCUCCCGGGAGACAUGCGUCUGCUCGUUUUGGCGAUUCUUUUUGGAGUCCUGGUUCACGCAGUAGACGGCCUUCAAAUCCAGUGUUACCAGUGUGAGAUGAAGCACGACUGCUCAACACCCGAGUACGUUGUAAACUGCACCGUCAACGUGCAGGACAUGUGCCAAAAGGAGGUGCUUGUCAAACCUGAUGGGAUUCAUUAUCGGAAGUCGUGCGCAUCGUCCGCAGCGUGCCUCAUCGCUUCCUCCGGCUACCAGCAGUUCUGCACCGGGAGGCUGAACUCGGUCUGCAUUUCCUGCUGCAACACAGCACUCUGCAAUGGGCCCAAGAGGAAGCGGCUCGUUCACUCGAUGGCAACGCCCAACCCACAGAUGAGCAUCAUCCUCGCUCUCCUUCUUUCGCUUCUUUCUCUGUCGCAUACCCUGCACACCGCUUGUUUGAUCUGAACCAUGGGAUUGGGGAUGGUUUUUAUUGAAGCUUGUUUCUACACACAUCCAAAAAGUCCAUUUAGGAAAAUCCUGAACUCUGUUAGCACCACUAGGAAUCUCAGUGGGUACGCCAUUUCGAUUAUCUGUUCUGUGGAACACCAGAGAACCGUACAGGUUUGUUUCACUUGUGCACCAAAAUAUGAGGCGGACAUUUCCUGCUGUAAUGGCUGCUACUACAAGUUGUAUGAAUUGUCUUGCCCUCUGUGUUGCUGUAGUCAUCAAGUAAAUGCACAACGGUAAGCCCACACCAUCCUCAGUCAUGAUGGAUAGUGCCUAAAGUGAUUUAUGCAUACUUAUACAGUAUGUAUACAGUAUAUAAAGCAUUUCAAUUGUAUUCCUUUCUUUGACACCUGGUUCAAGCGUCAGACCUGAGGAGCAACAAAGAAAGAAAUGAGUCAACACAUGAACCACAAGCACAAUAUAAUUCUCACUUUGAGAGCUGCUUCAGGUUGUCAGUAAUGUUUAGAAUUAGAUCAAGAUGAACUCACCUGAUUAGUGUAUGCAACAACACUCAUUUCAGAAUAAAUGAUGCUUUCAUGCUUGCUUUUAUUCUUUCCUCAGUAUGUGUGAUAAUGCCUUCAUUUGGUCCAGUGUUUCGAUAUUUAAAUACCGGUACUAUGGUUUUGCUCGGAUUGGUCUUCUAUGAAGAGUAAAAAUAUUCUUCUGA